AUGGCCCCAUACCAACCGCUUAAGAUCCACCAGUACGGCGGCCAACCCAUACUCCCCGCAAACAUGGCACCACCCCCACAUAGCGGACCACCGCCUCUGCCCUUCAUCGGCCAAUCUGGACCACCGCAACAACAGGGGCCUCCUCCUCCUCAGCACCAACAACAACAGCAGCAGCAGCAGCAAGCCUACUCUCCAACGCAUCCCCACCCCCCACCGAUGCAAUACGAGCAACGCGAAGCGCACUCUCAGAGUAACGACGGCAGUACAGAAGCUAUCACGCCCCCGGCACGCAAUUCCGAAGCUACCAAGGUCCCGGAGAACAGCGGAGGAGAGGCGGCUGAAUGA